GUUCAGUUCAUCCGCAAACUCAGCCCGAAGCAGAAAGCUAUUCAUUAUGAAAUUGACUAUCUCCCCUUGCAUUUUAAUGAGCCUGGCUCUGAGCCAAGUUAGUGCGAACUGCACUGGAGAUUGUCCCGAUACGGAGGAUGUUGUUUGGGCCCUGGGAGGCAGUUGCAGGGUUUUUCGCAAUAAAUGCUUUUUCGACAAAGAGAACUGCGUUCGAAGGCCAGCAUUGACAAUCACAACUAGAGAGAAGUGCCAAGAGCAAUGUGCCGACAUUUGCCCCGCUGUCUACCAACCAACAAGUGGAACGUACAAGGGUCAAGUUCGUAAUUUUGGAAAUGAGUGCGAAAAGCAGGCCCACACUUGUCGGACUGGCGAAACAUUUUUGUAACUCACUCAGCGAAAAAAUAAAAAUGAUAAGU